AAAGUUUUUUAUGUUUAUUUUAAUGUUUUGAAUUUCAGAGAAGAUUGAAAUGCAAAUACAAGGAAACCCAGACAUAACAUUGGACGAAGAUGAGAAGAAUUAAAACAGAGAGAUCUCCCGGCCGAGAAGCCGAACAUUAUGAAAAUUCCGUCUGGAGUUGGGGACAGGAACGGAGCAGGGGCCAGGAACGGAGUAUAGAUCAGGAACGGAGUAGGGACCAGGAACGGAGUUGGAACCAGGAACGGAGUAGGGAACAGGAACGGAGAAGGGACCAGGAAUGGAGAGGGGAACAUAAACGAAUCAGGGUAGAGAAACGAAUUGUGGAGCAGGAACGGUUCCGUUACUCUGAUAAGGGUCGAAAGUAUGAUAGGACGGAGAAGUAUGACCCGGACAUGUACUGGGAUGAGGACACUCCUCAUGUACAUGCUGUCAGACAUGGGGAGCUAGGAGAAAACAGAGAACAUAGAUUUGAAAUAAAGAAAAGAAGCAGAUCAAGAUCAAAAGACAAGAAUAGAAGAGGUUACAGUAGUAUGACAAGAACGGAUAUCCGAAGUAGAUCUAAAGACAGAAAUAUUUCAAGAACUGAUGCAAAAAGUAGAAUUAUUGACAGUACUGAACCUAGAACAGAAAUUGAAAAGAAAAGAUCCAGAGACAAGAACACUAGAAGGUCAAGAUCAAGAGACAAGAUUAAAACAAGAAGCAGGUCUACGGACAUUUCUAGAACUAGUACUAGAACAAGUAUUUCAAGUGAACGGUCUAUUUCAAAAACAGAAAAGGGUUCUUUUAAGAGUUUGACAGCUGAAAUUGACAAGAGAAGUAGACAGGCGGAAGAAGAAAGAUCUCCUAGAUUCAAAACCGAACCAAAAAUCAAAGAAGAAAAGAUUACUGACAGAUAUACGGAGAAAUUCAUAGAACUGAACCCUAGAAGAGUAUCUCCGCCGGGGGGUUCUCAUGGGAGUGCGGAGAAGAGAAGAUACAUGGAUGAAACCAGGACCCAGAGGAGACUUGGAUCAGGUUCAUAUAUGAGAAAUAGUAGUUCAGAAGGAUCGUCUCCGGUUAAAAAAGAAAAGAAGGAUAAAUCAGCGGAGAGAAUGAUAAAGAAAAGAUUUGAACAUAUCAGUAUUAAGAAGCAGAAAAGAAGUAGAUCCAGAGAACAUCAUAAACCAAAGAAGAAGAAAAAGAAGAAACACAGAGAUUCAGAAAAGAUUAAAGUUAAAAGUGAAUUGAGUGAUAUCAGCAGUGACUCUGACGCCAAUUUAUCUGAUCUACUGGAUAACCUGGAACCUGACACUCAUACUACAGCAGUUAUAUCUGAUCUCCUUGCUAAAUUAGAGAGUGGUGAACCUUCAGAUGCAGAUGUAUCCGAUCUUUUUUCUAAAAUCAAGAAACAAGAGAGAUCUAUCCAUGAGGAGGAAGCAAGAAAGCGUUUAAAGAUUAAAGAAGAACCAGUUUUUAAAAAGAAGAGUUUAAUAGAGAAUGACCCUAGAGAAGCUGCAACACAGCAACCUAAACCCAUAACAUCUACACCGGAAGUAUCUCAGAAUACAAAUAUAUUAACUUCUCAAACCUCCAUUUUGUUAAGCAAGUACGAACCGGAACCGACUUCUCGUCCGAUCAAGACGGAGAAAAUUAUGACGGCCUCGGAUGCAGUCGUGAACAGGAUCCUGCAGAGACACAAAAAGCCGAGGAUCGAACUCAUCGAAGUUUCUGCGGACGAAGGAGAAGACUCCAUUCGUAUUCUCUCCGAAAGUCAUGAAAAAUCUUCGAAUUCUUUCAAGUGUGUCCUCCCGUCCUCAAGUUCAACUCCUAGCCAGUCCUUGCCUCCAAGCUGUCCUCCGGACCCCCCUGUAGUGGGGACUAUCGAGAACCCCGUUAUUGUUGAAUCCCCUGUCUCGUGUUUAGUUUUUAUCAAACUGCUGCCGGUCAGCGUGACCGAGGUUGAUGUUUGGCGGGAAAUAUCCCAGAAAUGUCCGAAUGCUAAACCUAUCAGUGUGAUGGUAAAGAGUGCUGGAAAAACUAAUACCGCUUGCCUCUUCUUCAGCACUCAGGAGAUUACGGUGGAGUUUAGAAGAACUUUUAUUCAGAAAUAUGAGAAUAAGUUUCUGAGUGAUGUCGAAAAUAUUAUCCAUGAGGAGUUAAACACCAACUCUGCACCUGCAGAAACCAUCCUUGAUAUUGAAUCUAGUGUUCAGAGAACGGAUCAAGAAUCUCUUGAAACAAAUGAAUCUUGCUCCCAGACUCAACAUCUCGACUCCGAAUCUCAGCACUCUGAUAUCUCACAAACUGAAGAAUCUUUCGUUUACAAUGAUCAGAUCGUGGAGGAUUUAAGCACUCAGAAUGUUGUAGAAGAUUCUCUGCCGAUCCGUCCUGUCCUGGUCCAUAUAGAGUACGGAGAGGAGAAGAGGAUUAAAACCUUGAAGGUUCUGGUUUACUCAGAGAAACGUUGUUUUAAAUUCUCUGGACAACCUGACGAUAUAAUCGUUGGAGGGUUUCUACGCUACGUCAUGAGAUACUACCCUGAUCUGAGCUCCCUUGAACCCGUACUUGUUACUCCAACCUUGUCCGACUUCAACCUGCUUCAGGAGGUUCUCAAGACCUGCACCAGAGAGGACAGAACCCUCUUCGAUGAGUACUUCAAGACCUGGAUAGAUUUACAAACUUUAUAUUUCCGGAUGAAGUCAGAAAACUGGAUUAAAGCCGGAACAUCCUCAGACAAGUUUCUUCGAGAGAUUUCCUCGGCUUUGGAUAUUCCGAUCACUGAUUAUUUGAACAGUACACUGGACCUGUUUGAACGCACUGUCUCUCAUGUAAUGAAUGAGAUCGAUGGGAAAUCUGUCAAGGAUAUUAAAGACCCGGAGAAGUUCAGAUCCGUCCUAGAGCGAUCUAAACUAGUUGAUGAUGAUUACAAUGUGGUGGUUGUUCAUGCUCAAGUUGUUGAUCUUGUUUUCUCGGAAAAUAAUUUUACUUUUCCAACCCUAGCAUCCUUAUCAUGCAGGGACGAGAACAAGUCAUGGUUUGCUCCGAUUGAUUUUAGAAAAUUUGAAGGUUCUUUGAAUCCUCUCAAAUUGAAGGAAAUGGGAUUUCAUCUCCGUCCUGAUCCUACCGGAGGCUUCGACAUGUUUUGGUCAGACGAACCCUGUCUUAGUGAGAAAACUGCACUUCAAUCCUUUCUCCAAAUUCUUAAAGAUUCGUCUUCUCGAAAUAUUCUGGUCUUUCCACGUUCAGAUUCGUCUCUAGGAACCCUCCUUCUUGCUCUCUCCAGGUGCUCACUACUACAGGAGUUCAGAAGUACUGUGAUUGGGAUUGGAACUCUAGAAUUCCUUCCGGAUAUUUCAACUUUAGAUCUUCCAGCCCCGGGGUUGGAAGGAUUCGACGAAUAUUAUGAAAACGUUAUGCUCCAAGCUUCCUCAUCCUCCUUAAACCUGAAAUCUAAACUGAACCCGUCCAAUGCAGCAGGAAGGUUGUAUGAUAUAUUUAAAUAUAUCUUAAGAUCUCCACCAUCCUUCCAGAACUUUGUAAAAGAUUACGCAGUGCCUCUUCAUUCCUCACUGGUUGACCUUGCUCUUGUAGAGUCUGGACUACUGGAGCUCCGGUUAGAAUAUCAUGAAGUGUUAAUCAACACGGAGCUAGAUCUAGAACCCGGAGCUAUUGAAGAGGUUGGAAUAAUUAUCAAGGAUUAUCUUCCCUCUAUAGAUAAAGCUUACAAUAUUCUCUGCUAUGGAAUCCUUAAGAUAGAAGAGAGAAGGGUUCUAGUUAAUAAAGACAAUAUGGGAACCGUGUGCCUUACUAAUAUUCAUUCUAAACCUGUUCAGUUAGGCCCUGGAACUAGGAUUGGUUUAGCAACUAAACUUCCAGAUUUUCCACUCCGAUCUCAACCAUCUUCUUCCUCUUCUCUGCAAACCAAUAAAAACUUGCUCCGAAAACCCCGGGGUUUGAUUGAAUCUGAUUAUCGAUCUUACUCUCUAUCUCCUGAAUGUAAUAUUGAUUAUUUAUCUGUUUUACCAAGUCCUAGUUCUCCCUCCCCUGUUCAUAAACCAACUCCACAGCGAACUCUUCCAACUGCUAUUCAGACUAAACCCUUCUCUCCUGCUACCAUCCUUCCAUCAAAACCUAGAAAACUGCCGGGAUCUUUUAAAGAUAUCGGAGAGAGAAACAAGGAUAUGUUCCUAGCUCAUUCUAAUAUCAAUUCCGUUACACCUUCUUCAGUUACAGGAUUCACGCCCUUAUCUAGAUCUCUCAUCUCCUCCCCAUACCCGCAGUCACCACUGAGGAAAGAUAUUUUUAUUCCAGACAAAAUUCAACCCUUAAAACCAAAGAGUAUCCAAACUUCAAUAUUAGAUUCUCUACCUAUUCUCUCCGGACUUGCAUCUCAAGAGCAACCCAAUCCAAGUCCGGUAACCGGGAUAACUCCUCUCAACCUUGGAUUGGAAACCUCCGGGAUUAGAUCAGCUUUAAAAAUAUCCUCCGGCAAGAAAACUACAAAAUUUAGGGACUUUAUAGAGAGAAGGAAAAAUGAGAAAAUUACAGAACUUUCUAAAUCCCCAUCCUUAUCCUUGGAAAAGGAUGAAUCUUCGGCGAUAGAAUCCGACCCUGAUCAUCCUCAAUCUUUGUUUUUGGUAGAAAAUGUAUCUUCUAAUAAAGAAUCUGAAAUGACGUUUAACCCCGGUCAUUCUCAUUCUUUGUCUUUGGAAGAUAACGAAUCUUCGAAAAACGAAUCCGAGAUUGUCUACAGUACUGCUGCUGGAGAUGAUGUUAUUAAUGUUGAAAACAUACUUAAUGAACACUGUUCUGACCACAACGAUAUUGUAAAUGAUGAGGAUGAGGUUCAAGUUAAGGAAGAACUUGAAGAUGUUAAAUUUAUCCAUGAAGAAAUCAGAUUCAGACCUGAUUCAAGGCUUUCAGGUACAGAUGGUACCUUGAGCAAGGUUGAUAAUCUUGCGUCACUCCCAAUAGAGGUUCAAGGUAACGGUAGAAGUAUCCAAGUUGAUGUUUCUGAUCUCAAUGAGUUUCUCGAGUUUAAGAAACUCAAGGAACAAAUGUCCAAGGAAGAGGCUAUUAGACUCUGCUCUAUAGAAAAAACUUCUGUUUUUAAUCAAACUGUGAAACCUGUUUUAUCUCAUGAACCAGAGAACCCUUCGUUUUCUGCGGAACCAGAGUGCCCUUCGUUUUCUCCGGAACCAGAGAACCCUUUGUUAUCUCCGGAAGCAGAGAACCCUCCGUUUUCCCCGGAACCAGAGAACCCUCCGUUUUCCCCGGAACCAGAGAACCCUUUGUUAUCUCCUGAACUAGAGAACCCUUCGUUUUCUCUGGAACCAGAGAACCCUUUUUUAUCUCCAGAACCAGGGAAACUUUUGUUUUCUCCGGAGCACCAGAAACUUAUGAUUUCUCCGGAACCAGAGAAAACUUCUAAAUAUCAGGAACCAGUGAAAUCUUCUAAAUAUCAGGAACCAGUGAAAUCUUCUAAUUAUCAGGAACCAGAGAAAUCUUUUAGAUCUCAGGAGCCAGAAAAAACUUCGAUAUCUUCGGAACCAAAGAAUUCGUCCACAUCUCAGGACUCGCUGUUUCCUGUGGUAACUUCGGAACCAGAGAAACCUUCCAAAUCUCCAGAACCUAUGAUAUCGCAACCAGAGCAAGAUUCAGAACCUGAAACGAGCUCGACCGAAAGAGAGCACGGAUCUAUAGAACUUGUUGUAGACUCGGACGAACAAGAUACUUCUUUUGACAAUGAAGAUGACCAUGAUAAUGAUCAUAUCAGGGAUAAUAUCAGAGCAGAUGAGAGGUUUGAUCACCAAGAUUCCUCUGAAAGUGAAUAUGAAUCUCUGGAGAAAAUUGAAGAAGAAAUAAGUGAACCCAAGUUCAAUCAAUGCCAAGUGAUGUCUGAUGAAUCUCCCUGUGAUAAUGAAGUAUUGCUCACUCCUGCUGCAGGUACAGAUGAGAUGAAGGAUACUCCUUAUGAUGAUGAUAUUGACGAGGAGAAGGAGAUUGACGGAUAUGAUGCUGAGGAGCUAAUUAAACUUGGAUACAAUAUUCAAAUCCCUCAACCUGAGGACAGUGAUUCAGAUUCAGAUACUUCUAUUUCAGAAAAUUCUAUCCCAGCUUUAAUCAUACAACCACCCUCUGCUAAACAAAGGUCUUCGCUUUUCAAAAAACGACCUCUACCUCUUAAACAACGAUCAUCCAUUCAACAGCGGCCAGUCCUUCCUAUGCAGAAAGGAACGAGGAGUCAAAAAUUUUCUUCAAAACCGAAUUCAACUGAGAAAAACAUUUUGGAUGAACCGAAAUCCACUCGAAAACCUUCCAAUUCAAAUAUUUCCCGAGGUUUAAAAUCAAUGAACUGUAGGAGAAGGAAGAAAGCUUUUGCAUUCAAUCCUGAACAUAAUUUGAAUUUGAAUUGUUAUGUUAAAUUAACAAAAGCCAAUGCUGAGGCGGAGCUAAGAGCAUUGUCGAAGAGAAGAAAGGGUCCGAUUAAAGAGAUGUUUAUUCUUUCCAAGGAAAAUUUUCUCCAACCUUUGAGCGACUCAUCUGCCUCAUCAUCCCCUGUACCUGGAGCACCUGAAACCAUAUCAUUGCAACCUCAACCUUCUUCUCCGGAAGUUUUUCCUAGGGAUCAACUUCCAGAGAUCAGACCAUUAGAUCCUGAACCCUAUCUCGGGAUAGAUCCUAGUCGAUCCCUCGUCGCCCAGCUUCGACGCCGUCGUAGGCUUCCUGUGACGAACCUGGACGAUUUAACACUAGAAGACGAGUUUGUCGCAAUCAGUUGUCAUCCACAGUUCGAAGAGCUUGUUAAAAGUUUCAUCAUCCUGGAGCAGAGAAGACUGGAGGAUAUCUCCGAGAAUAAGAAGAACUGUAUUAAUCAUCUACUGAUGGAGCUGAACACCGAGGGGAUUGUAUCUCUGGGUAGGUUGGGAGUUUCAGUAAGUCAGAUAGGUAGGAGAAUCCCUGGUGGAAACCUGACAGAGUGGAGAGAAGAGCUGGAGGAAUAUAUUGUAGGACUUGCUGAUGCUCCGGACUUAGAGUUAGACUUUGAUAUUAAUCUUGCUGUCAUCGUUAUAGUUUUUCAUUUUCUACCUAGGCUACCUCCUAGCUGAUGUUUCGGCUGGCCGAAAAAUAUUUGGUUAUUUAAUCAAUAACUAGAUUCAAAAUUUGUAAAUUUACUCCAGUGUAACAUUAAAUCAAAUGUUUAGUAUAAAAGAAAUUAGAAAAUUUUUAAAUUCUGAAUUGCAUACUUUUUUGGUAAACUGUAAACUCAGCCUUCCGACCCUUUUCUACUAAAGUUUGGUUUCAGA